AUGUUAAUUGGAAAAUAUUUGGGAUUCGAAGAAUAUGAAAAUGAAAAUGGAAAGAAAAUUAGUAUUGAAGACCAAGAAGAUGCUUUGUUACGAAUCUUUCAUUUAGCUGGUUAUUUUCAUUUAACGAAGAUUUGGAAGGAUUGGAAUUCAAUGGGAUUUUUUGAAAAUCUUCAAGAAAUCUUUGAAAAAAUUUCUUUCAUUAUCAAAUGUUCAAAUGCAAAUCAUAAUGAUCCAAAUGAAUUUAAUGUGAAAUAUUUUCGGGAAAAUGUUUUUGAAAAAUCUCUUUUAAAUGAUGAAGAUUGUUUAGAUUGGAUUUUGUAUCUUUCUCAACAUGCUUUUGGACGAUCAAUUGGACAAGAAAGAUAUGAAAUGAAAUCAUUACAUUGGAUUCAUCAGAACGAACAUUAUUUUAUCGAACAAGUUCGUUUAUUACGUCUUGUUGAUCGUCAAUGUCCGAUUUUAAAGCAAUUUGAUCAAUGUUGGAUUGCAGGAGCAUCAAGAUUAUCUUUAUCACAAAGAAUUCUCGAUUAUAAAUAUCAAAUUUUAUCGAAAAAUAUUCAAAUCAAUGGACAAACAUUGAUCUUAGCAGGAGAAAGAGAAUUAUGGGCGAAUAUCGAUGGAAUUUCACCGAAAAUAUCCGAAGAAUUAUUUCAAAUCUCAAAAAAUCAUCUCGAUAUCAAUCAAAUCGAUUUUUCAUCAAUCGAAACAACCGAUUCGGAAAUAAUUCAAGAAGGAAAAGAAUAUUUAUUAAAUUUAUCAAGAAUUCAUGGGAUAGAAUUGAAUUCUUCUCAACCAUUUAUUGAAUAUCAAACAAAAGAUCAAUGUUCAAAUGAUCGUUUUCCCAAUCGAAUUUAUUUAAAUUAUGAAAAUUCUCAAAAGAAAUUAACUGAAACUCUUCUUUCCGAAGAUUUGAUUAAAACUUAUUUAGAAGAAACUUUUUCUUCAAUCGAAAUUGUCGAUACUUCAGCAAAUGAACAAAUUCGACCAAAUACGGCAUCAACUGCUCAAGAUGCAACAGAAAAAUUCAUUCAACAAAUUUUCAAUGGAGAUUUUCGAGAAAAAAAGCUUUUUCAUAUUUUACUUUGGUCAAAUAAUCCUUCAAUUGAAAGACAAACUUUAGUUACACAAAGAAAAGUCAAUUCCAUUUUAGAAAAAUCGAAUUUAAUUGAAAAUAAUUAUAAAAUUUCUAUUCAUGGAAUUGGAUGUUCAUCAAAUGUUAAUUUAGAAAUUGUUCAUUCAGAAUUAGGUGCUUUAAUUACAGAAAAAUAUCUUUGGCUUUUCGAACAACAAAAAAAACAAGGUGAAAUCAAAAAGAAAAGAAAUAUUAAUGAUUUAUUAUUUCAAACACGAAAAUGA